ACACUUUCCAACGGGGUUAUGCCUGCGCAGGCGCACAGCCCAACUCCAUAGUGGCCUGCGCUUUGCGGCUGCUUGCUGGUACUGGUUCCGUGUCCCCGCCCCUUCAGCCUUGCCUCACCACGUGACUGAUAACGUCAGCCAGGCCCCGGCUCUCCUAUCCGGUGGAGCUCUGGGCCCGGGCCGAGCUGCUCUGGGCCGGGGCAGGCUUAGGUCCUAGGGGGAAAGGAGGGAGGUGCUGUAAGCCAGGUCGGGCCUGGAUAAGAGGCUUCAGAGUGGACAGGGGCCGGGGAUCGGAGUCAGCAGAAGAAGGAGGAGCUAGGGGCGGGAGGGUGGCUGCUACCGGGCUGGGACUCCCCCAUGGAGCCCCCGCUCCCCGGAGCUGCCAUCGGGUUGCUCACAGCUGACUGGCCCAUGACCCUGUGCUUGGAGUGAUGGACCCAUCUGUGACCCUGUGGCAGUUCCUGCUGCAACUGUUGAAGGAGCAGAGUAAUGGGCACUUAAUAGCCUGGACGUCCAGCGAUGGGGAAUUCAAGCUGGUAGACGCCGAGGAAGUGGCACGGCUCUGGGGGCUUCGCAAGAACAAGACCAACAUGAACUACGACAAGCUGAGCAGGGCCCUUCGGUACUACUAUGACAAGAAUAUCAUCCGUAAGGUGAGUGGGCAGAAGUUCGUCUACAAAUUCGUGUCCUUCCCGGAGGGGCCAGGCCACGAUGGGGAGGAGGGCCAGGUCCGGGCUGAGAUCCCUUCGGAGCCUCUCCGGCCGCUGAAGGCCUCUCUAGGGAGCAUUGGCUCCUCUGCCCCGACCCCCGUGCGCAGCAGCCGGAAUGAGUACAUGCGUUCUGGGCUCUACUCCACCUUCACCAUCCAGUCCCUGCAGCAGCUAAGUCCCGCCCGGCCCGCUCGGCCCGUCCCGGAGCCCCUUAGCCCAGUCAGCCUUGAGGCCCCGGAAGCUCGAGUGCCUCUACAGGUCAUCUUGAUGGCCCCGGCCGAAGGUCUGACCGAGGCCGUGGAGCCUGAGGCUUCGGCCGCAACCGCCUCCUUGCUUCUGGCUUCCGAGACGAAGGGGGAGCGGCCUCUGGAGGAGGGGGCUGCUGUUGCCAUGGAGACUAGCGUGGAGGUCGCCGACCCCCCGGGCCCCGCCCCCGCGCCGGCCCCCGCAGCCGAGGCCCACCCCCCAGCCCCUUCCAAGGGUCGCAAACCACGCGAUCUGGAGUUGCCGCUGGGGCCGAGUCCCGAGUCAGCCUCGGUUUCCGGCCUGGGCCCGGCCCUCACUCCCUCCCUGCUCACCUCCCACGCCCUGACCCCGGUGCUUCUGACGCCCAGUGCGCUGCCCCCCAGCAUCCACUUCUGGAGCACCCUGAGCCCCAUCGCGCCCCGCAGCCCUGCCCGCCUCUCCUUCCAGGUGCGGCCCCUGGAGGGGCGUGUCAAUCCAUGUCUUCUUGACUUCUCCCCACCCAGGUCCAUGUGUGUGUGUCCCUCACGGCUUCUUCUGUUCCCGGCCAGCAGCAGCAGCAGCAGCUCCCAGGCACAUGUGUCUGUCCCCACACUCAGCAUGGACGGCCUCUCCACCCCCGUGGUCCUCUCCCCAGGUCCCCAGAAGCCAUGACUCUUUCUUUCCCAGGGACUUAAGAGACUGCUUUAUUUCCAAGGAGGAUUGUGGGUCCCCAUGGGCCGAGGAGGGAUGGGGGCGGAGGGGAAAGGGGAUAAACAGUUAUUAAGCAUCAACUAUGCUCCAGGCACUGUGCUAAGCCCUUUGACAAAUAUGAUCUUGUUUUGGUCCUCCCAAUAA